CGAGGAAGGCCUCGGGCGAGCGGUCUCCUCCCGGAAGUGACGCAGGGGAGGGCAGUGGGUGGCUGACCGACGAGGCGUUUCCGUUUCCGGUGGCUGGAGCUGGGGGAGGGAGCGGGGACUGAGGGAGCCGAGCGAGCGGGCGAGACCGAGAGCGGGCACGGGGCGAGGGAGACGCGCCGCCGCCGGAGAGAGCGCCGCCGCCAAGCCCAGCGGGCCGGGGAGGGUCGGAUCCAGCCAGCGGCCGCGGUUCAGCAGAAGCAGAGAAAUGAAGGCAGGCUGCCCCAUCAUGGAAAAGCCAGAAGGAGGAGGCGGUAAGCCAGGCUACCACUUCCCAGACUGGGCACACAAGGCCGAAUCCAGCCCGGGCUCCCGCCAGAUCCAGCUCUGGCACUUCAUCCUGGAGCUGCUGCAGAAGGAGGAGUUCCGGCACGUCAUCGCCUGGCAGCAGGGCGAGUACGGGGAGUUCGUCAUCAAGGACCCCGACGAGGUGGCCCGGCUGUGGGGCAGGAGGAAGUGCAAGCCCCAGAUGAACUACGACAAGCUGAGCCGGGCCCUCAGAUAUUACUAUAACAAGCGGAUCCUUCACAAGACGAAAGGGAAGCGCUUCACCUACAAGUUCAACUUCAAUAAGCUGGUGAUGCCCAAUUACCCCUUCAUUAACAUCCGGCCCACUGGUGUCGUUCCGCAGAGCGCUCCGCCGGUCCCCACGGCCUCCUCCCGGUUCCACUUCCCUCCGCUGGAUGGCCAGUCUCCCACGGAAGAGGCCCAGCCCGGCUGCUUCUCGGGCAGGCCGCUGGGCCCUCCCAGCCAGGAGGCUGUGAGCAACGGCAGCCUCGGGGAGAAGUCCCCGCCUGUGCCAGAGCCAGAGGGCGGCUCUCCAGAUUGGCGGCGCGGCGUCGACCUUCUGGCCUCUCGGGGCUCCGCCACCGCCGUGGCCGCCACGGCCCUGGGCGGUGCUGGCCCGCAGAAGCGCAAGCCAGACCUGGUGCUUCCUCUUUUCGGCAGACCUGGGAUGUACGCAGACCCCCACAGCCCGUUCACCGUGUCCCCCCUUCCAGCCCGCGGGGGAGUCCUGAAUGUCCCCCUCUCGCCGGCCCUGUCGCUGACGCCCACCCUCUUCUCCUACAGCCCCUCCCCGGGCAUGAGCCCCUUUGCGGCGGGGGGCAGCAGCUGCUUCUCUUUCAACCCGGAGGAGAUGAAGCACUUCCUCCACUCCCAGGCCUGCUCCGUCUUCAACUACCACCUGAGCCCCCGGACCUUCCCCCGCUACCCGGGCCUGCUCAUCCCACACCUGCCGUGCCAGCUGCCCUCGGAGGACCAGCCGCCCUUCCCCAUCAAGCUGCAGCCCCCGCCUGCUGGACGGAAGAACCGUGAGCGGCCGGACAGCGGCCGAGGGGGCGGGCCGGCCGCCCCCCAGCCCCCCCCAGCAGCCCCCCAGAUCAAGACCGAGCCUGUCCUGGACCAGGAGCCUGCCAGCAGGGGCUCCCCAGCCCAGGACCUGGCGGGGCCCGCUGGCACAGCCGUGCCCCCCAGGAUCCAGGACCAGGAGAAGCCGCUCUUCGCACGGCCGGUCGCCCCGUCUUGGCUUGCAGCCUCACCAGCAGCCCCCCAGGCCGGCGCUCCGGUGGUCGAAAAGCCAAAGCAAGAGGAAGGAGGAGCUGGUGAGAGGCCCCCACAGGAAGCUGCGGGGGAGCCCGGGGCCCCUGAGAAGAGGGAAGAUGCGCUCAUGCCCCCCAAGCUGCGCCUCAAACGCCGCUGGAAUGGCGACCGGCAGGCAGAGGCCCCCGAGGAGGGCGACCGGGACCGGGGCCGCAAGCCGUGCUGGGCCAGCGGUCUGGACACCCCACACAUCCUGCUGGCCCCGAAGGCUGCUGUGGAUAGUUAGGACAGCGGGGCCCGUGGCGCAGGCCCCUCCGGCUGCAGGACGGGUGGCAGGCGGAGGGGUGGGAGUGGCUUGGCACAUUCUGGAGGGUUUGGGGGCGGCUUUGUGUGUGUGUGUGCGUGCGUGCGUGCUACAGGUGAAAUGCAGUUUGUCACGUUCCAAGGGGGGACUGGCGGGGGGCCGCUCCGGCGGUGCUCGGGCUGUCCGUUUGUGACAACGCUUGGCCGUCUUGCCAGCGGCUGCCGAGCCCCGUCUUUUUCUAUAGCAUUUGAUACGAGCGCGGAUCUCUCUGAAUGUACAUAGUUCCUUUCCUGGGAGGUGGGUGGCGACCAGAGGAGGACUCCCUUUCUGUUAAGAACUGGAAUGUGUCUUGUGUCAAAAACGGAGAUACUUUCUCGGGGGGGAUGGGCAUAUUGCACUGUCUUUGCAUUGGAGAAGCGCGAGUUAUAGGGAGAGACGAUGUUCUCUGCGGGCCGCGGAAGCUGCCAGGCAUGGAGACUUCGCCCCUCGGGGGUUAGUUUGUGGGGGGGUCGCGUUUAAGAUAACCUGUUUGGAAUAUUGAAGAAGCCAUGGCAAGCAGUUGCGGAAGCUUUCAGGGAUAGGGAAUUAAGUGGAUGUAACACAACCAACCAAAACCCGAAUGCCUUUAAUGCGCCCCUUCUGGACUCCCCUUCCCGGGCCUUGUCCAUGCGCAGGUGUGUUUGGGGGCGUCCGGGCGGAGAGGCUGCGGGCCCUCCCCAAAGGACGGGGCCUCGGGGCCCCUUUCCGCCUUGCCUUAACUGCACCUUUGUGAGACUGGCGUCAGGGAGAGGGGCUCACGGGGCUGUGGCCGGAGGGGUGGGGGUCCGCCGUGCCCACGGCCCACUUGCCUUCGUGCCUGGGAGUGCAGGAUGGGAGGAGCCCCACUCUGCUCUUGGCACUGUGCCCCAUCCUUGUGGGGCAAGCCUCUGAAUGGGGUGCCGGGGCCACGGACAGGUGCGCUGGUUGCCCAGGCCAAGGCUCCUGUCCACUGGCUGCAUCCUUGGCCAGCUCGGGAGUCGUGCCCUGCCUAAUUCGGGGCAGGCGCAAGACCCCCGGCCCGCUGCACCUCCCAGGUAGGAUCCGAAAGCGAGCCCGGGCCCUCUGGGCUCGCCUGCUGCCCCACUGGAAUGCCCACGGUGCCUCUCUCCUCCGCUUGGCCUGGCUCCAGGUCAGUCUGGGGGGACCAGGCCUGCUGGCGAGGCUGGAGGUGCCCGGGGGGCCGGGCAGGGGGGCGUUCUGUGGGGCUGGCACCUGGCAGGGCCCGCCUGGGCGGGGAAAGGGAGUGGGUCGGGGCUGCGCCUGUCUCCCUGCCACACGCCACGUUCCUCCGCAGCUUCAGCCACCGGGUCCCCACUUCAGCCUUACGCACCCCUCUGGCUGCGGGGGGCCUUCCCGAGGGGGGGGCCUGACGGAGGUGGGCUCACAACUCAGGAACUGAAAUCCGCAUCCGCCUUUGGUCAGGACAUGCCAGCCGUCAGUCCGUCGUACCCAAGUGCCAGAAUCCGGGCGGGGGGCUCUCUA